GCCCAACAGCAGUACUCUGAGCGAUCAGUGGACUUCGGCGAACCACCAGCCCGCUCUCAACCACCUAUCCAUCCACCGCUCUCGGUAUCAUGGCGGCAGUGGCAGCAGCCUCGGCGGAGCUACUCAUCAUUGGCUGGUACAUCUUUCGCGUGCUGCUGCAGGUGUUCCUGGAAUGCUGCAUUUACUGGGUAGGAUUCGCUUUUCGAAAUCCUCCAGGGACACAGCCCAUUGCGAGAAGUGUUCAGGUACUCCCUGCAGAAGCUCGCGUACACGGUGACCAGAACCGGGCGGCAGGUGAUGGGGGAGCGCCGGCAGCGGGCCCCGAACUGAGGCCCCAGCCCCCAGCCCUGGGCGGCCGUGUCACCAGGUGCUCCUGUGCAUCUAUGCCAGCAUGGGAACCAAUGCCGCGCAGGAAUGGGGGGUCCCCUGUGCUCUCUCGCCAGAGGAGCACAUGCCAAGGCCAGUGAGGGGCCUUUAGGCCCCCGGAGAAGCAGCACCGGCAAUGAUGAAGAUACCAGACCCUUUCCGAAGCCCCUUGUACCCUUCCCACUAAGGGGUGGGGCAGCGGGAGGAUGGGGGUGGGGGAGCAGACCCUAGAGAUCUGGGCCUAGGCACAGCAUUCUGAUCUGGAUCAAGUCGGGACAGAACCACCAAGCCCCGCGGCCACGGCCAUGCCAGGAGGCCCCACCACGGAGAUCCAAACACACACCAGCCAGCAGAAUGAACAUUCCGACAUCACCAGCGAAGACCUGAAUCGCCAUGCUGAGAAGGCUCCCUCUGCGUGCCCUGCGUGCCCGCGUGGCGGGACUGGAGGGUACUGUGAAGGGUGGAUUGAGCUAGGUUGAGAAAGGGGUCCUCUGGCUGGUCUUUGCCUACGGCAUGCGCAUUAAGCCUUAUUGCCUUUGCUCCCUCUAUUCCCUAUUCCCUCUGCGCCCUACUUCACCCCCUCCUAAGCCUCCCCGCCCCCCAAAGAAAUGUAUCACCUGAUUUGGACCUACUCAACAAACUAAUCCCAGCUUUACUAAAAAACAAAAAAACUUCUCCGAGCCCAUAGCCCCUCACUGAUCUUGCUUUUCCCUGGUCUCACGCAGCUGUGGUCAGUAGUGUGGUAAUCGCUAAAUGUAGAUUGUUUAAACGCGCAUUAGUUGUGUCUCCCCGGCUAGAUUGUAAGCUCCUGGAGGACAGGGACCACCUCUACAAAAAAUAAAAGCCAGAACCUCCCCCAUCUCGCAGUGUCCCAAGGCCCUGUGGGGUGGUGGAGGCGCAGCAAAA